AUGGCCGGAGACCUUGAAGCCAUGUUGCGCCACAUCGAGGUCGACGGGCGCUUCCACCCCCGCCACUUCGGCGCGCUCACGGACAACACGGGGCACUCCUCCGAGGCGAUAAGCGACGCUACCACAAGGCAAGAAGUCGACAACUACGUACCGUCGACGCAGUCGAAGACGGGCGUACGCACGAUGAAGCUAUGGCGCGCCGCAGGUGGAAACAGCUCGGACAACGACUUUGGCAGCUCCGCGGUCGCCCGCACAGACGAGCCGCCACCCCUCGGAACGUGGUCCCCGUCGGUGAAGACCUUUCAAGUCUUCGAGAGCAGCCGUCGUCGCUGCCUAUAUGCGAGCAGCAUUGAGCGCAGUGCGGCCUGA